AUGAUAGCUAGAGACUUCAAGCGCGUCAUCCUCAUCGUAGGCCCCUUCUUGUUUCUCGUUUAUGUCGGUAUACGGUGUCUCGACUUCAGAGACUCUGCUUCGGGGUUCAAUUCCUGGUUCGAUCACAUCUUUGCACCGAAUUGGAGACAAGGCGAUGAACUCAAACCGCACUCGGGGCCGGCGUCUUCGGACGUACCGACGGAGGUACAACCUGUAGAUGGCGCGCCUGAGCAUCCGCCCGCAUCAAAACAAACACAUCAUGAGAUAUUCUCGACGUCAACUUUCAACAAGAAGUUUUUCGCCAUACGAUUUGACGACGAAGGCGCGAUCAAUCCUAAUAUCAUCCCGCAUCCCACCAUUGAGAAUACCUAUGUUAUUGUUGCGCAAAGGCGGAAAAUUAAUCACGACGACUCUGAGCAUGUGGAAAUCACUUGUAAUGCCACUUUCACGCUGGAAGGUCUCGUCUGCGUCGAUGCGCCCACGGUUCUACCCAUCGCAGCCACGAAGAGCGGUGAUGACAAGUGCCCACCGAAACUGGCCUACAUUGCCAUGAACGUUGGGCCUCACGAUGCGAGGGUCUUGUACGGACCCAAAGCCCCGUUCAUCGUAUACGGUUCCAACUCGAUAUUCGCCUGCUUCGGACAGUUCAUGCAGGACUUCCGAACUCUCGGAGACUGGGGCUUCGAGAUGUCGUUGGAUCAAGGUUUCGCGCUGGGAACGGAGCUCCAGCGUCCUGCGCCUUGGGGCAUGAUGGAGAAGAAUUGGUUUCCGUUCUGGGACGAAGAGGGCGCAGUCUACGUCCACCACGACGUGGCGCCGAAGCGAGUCUUUGCGAAGUUGAACGCGGACGGCUCCGUAGGCCCGAACCUCGGGCCGUUGGCUGUCGGGGACGAGGCUUGCAUGAGCAAGUACAUGCCGCAGCUCCCGCCGGAUCUCGAAUCAAUACACCAGGCGACGAACUCGCUGAGCAUUACGUUUUGCAAGCGUAGCGACCCAACGUGCAAAGCCACUAGUGACAAUACCUUUGUCUUUACAGUGUUCCAGCACAAAACUUUCUAUCAGUUCCACAGCGAGUACGAACCGUAUGUGAUGGUGUUCAGACAAAAGGCCCCGUUCGAGGUAUUCGCCAUGUCAAAGAGACCCAUAUGGAUACACGGGCGGGAAGAGAAACUUGGUGGAGGGUCCGACAUGUUUUACGUAACCUCCAUGAGCUGGAAGAGGCAAGACCAGAGGUAUCACGGAUUCUUGGACGAUGUUUUGUUCCUCUCGUUCGGCAUUGAAGACGAAAGAACCGGCGCUAUUGAUGUCUUGGCUGAGGACUUAUUGGCUGAGCUUGGGACUUGCUUGGAACCGUGA